GAGAGAGUGAGAGACUGAGGCAGGGACAGAAAGAGAAGUCAGAUAGUUCAGUCAGCCCUGUGAGGCACAGAUUAAUGCACUUCACUCUCACACAAACACACUUUCUCAUUCACACAAAGGUACAGCUAGAGAACAAGCUUGCUUUCUUCCUUUCUUUAAACAACAACAACAAAAAGAAAUACGACAGAACAAAACAAGGAUUACCUGUAGCGGCUGAUCACAUACACAAAGCAAAAGAAAAAAAAAAGAAACAAAUACUUUUCUCGUGUUUGUGCUGGCUUCCAGCAGAUGAAAGAUUUAUCCAACACUUACCUACCUACCAGAGAGGUAGAUCCUGCAUUCGUGAUAAGAGCUCUGACUGAAAAAUAGAAGGGAGAAGAGAAAGAAGAAUACGAAGAAGCUGAAGAAGCAGAAAGGCUGCCUAGAGCUCAGUGAAAAAGCUCAACGCAGGAGGGAAACAUCAAUGUGACACAAAAAGAAGAGACACAGGGGGAAAAAAGAGAAGAGAACAACAAAAGAACUUUAUCUGGCUUAGGAGGAAGCAGACAAACAAAUUAUUACACCAGGGGAUCCAGAAAAUCAUUCUGCUAACAGUGAGAAUUUGACAGCUGCCCAACUGCAGGGUUUAAUUCCUGUGAAAAGCAGGGUGGUGGGGAGCACCUCGAGGGGGUCCGAAGAGCUACGCAGUUUGAGUCCCACCAGGAUGCUGUUUCAGCCGUUACUCCUUCUAUUGGUUCUGCAUGCUGGAUACUCACAGAAAUUCUCAGCUCUCACGUUUUUACGGGUGGACCAAGAUAAGGAAUGCAACCUGGAGUGCAGUGGUGGACCAAAGAAACCCCUGUGUGCCUCUGAUGGGCGAACCUUCAUGACUCGAUGUGAGUUUCAGAGAGCCAAGUGUAGAGACCCCCAGCUAGAAGUCAUUAAGGGACCCUGCAAAGAUACUUCCAGAUGUGUGGCAGAAAAAAAAUACACAGAACAGCAAGCAAAGAAGGUUUUUCCUCAAGUUUUUGUUCCAGUGUGCAACCCAGAUGGCACAUACAGUGAGGUGCAGUGCCAUAGCUACACAGGGUACUGUUGGUGUGUCACUCCAAAUGGGAGGCCCAUCAGCGGAUCAGCUGUAGCUAAUAAAAAACCCAGAUGCCAAGGAUCAAAACAAGAGAAGGUAUCACAAAAAGAACCAGGAAAAGCAGUCUCCUUGCAAAUCUUAUCCAUUCUAAAUUCAGAUGAGCCUGCAGGAGGAGUAGUGGAGCCACCACCACCCACAGAUGAAGAAGAUUUAAUAUCUCAAUAUCCGACUCUCUGGACUGAACAAGUGAGAAGCAGACAGACCAACAGAACUAGAUCUCAAGCCUCUUCCUGUGAUCAGGAGCACCAGUCCGCACAGGAGGAAGCAAGGCAGAACAAGAAUGAAGCCAUCUUUAUUCCUGAGUGUGCCAGCGGGGGUCUGUACAAACCUGUGCAGUGUCACCCCUCUACGGGGUACUGCUGGUGUGUGCUCGUGGACACAGGACGUCCCAUCCCUGGUACAUCCACAAGGUAUGAGCAGCCCAAAUGUGAUGGGAAUGCAAGAGCCAAUCCUACAAAACCAAAAGACCUCUUCAAGACCAGGCAUCUCCAAGGAUGCCCUGGGGCCAAGAAGACUGAGUUUCUAACCAGCGUCCUGGAUGCUCUGUCUACAGAUAUGGUGCACGCAGUGACUGACCCCUCCUCUGCUGCCAGGUGGGCUUCCCUGUCCCCGCAGGGGGAAGUACAAGACAGGAGGAUGUGCGAGCCAGACCCCAACCAUACUCUGGAGGAGAGGGUGGUCCACUGGUACUUCAGCCAGCUGGACAAGAACUCCAGCGGAGAUAUUGGCAAGAAGGAGAUCAAACCCUUCAAAAGAUUUCUGCGCAAGAAAUCCAAACCCAAGAAAUGUGUGAAGAAAUUUGUGGAAUACUGUGACGUAAGCAACGAUAAGGCUCUCUCCUUGCAGGAGCUCAUGGGCUGCCUGGGAGUAACCAAAGAGGAAGGGCCCAGAAGUCCUGUUGAUGGCGCUUCCUCUACCAGACAGCAAGCCUCCAAGAAACAAGGCUGAAAAUAUGAACUUCUUGCAGCAACACUUUUUUAAUUCUCUCGGAGAUUGUUUCCUCACCAAAUGGCAAUGAAAACCAUAGUAUUUGCACUUUGUACUUUAAAAUGUAAAUUCACUUUUUAGAAGCAAGGUAUUUAAGCAGACUUUUGAAUCUGUGAAAGACGUAAGUAGUUUUCAUGUCUUUUGUUAAAAAAUUAACACAUACAAUGUAUGUGUCUUUUGUGUCUUAAAGGUAUGGCUUCUAAGUUGUAAAAGAUUUCUUGUAUAUGUGUUUCAUUUUGUUUUAUAGUUUAUUUUUAGUUGCAUUUUCCUAGAAACAAGAAUAGACUUUGGGUUAAAUUGCUGAAGCUAUAGCAUAGAGAUACUGUAUUAAUUUCCCAUCUGAUUUAGCACUCAUUUCAGAGCAACAGUACAGUAGUUUUAAAAGUGUGUAUUAAACAUGACUUGAU